AUGGCUGCCCGCGACGCCAUCGGCGUGACGCCCCUCUACAUCGGAUGGGGAAUCGAUGGGUCGGUGUGGAUUUCGUCAGAGAUGGAGGCCCUGAACGACGAGUGCGAGCACUUUGAGAUCUUCCCUCCGGGGCAUCUCUACUCCAGCAAAACUGGAGGAUUCAGCAGGUGGUACAGCCCACCAUGGUACGACGAGGCCAUCAUCCCCUCCGUUCCAUACAACCCGCUGGCGCUCAGGAAGGCCUUGGAAAAGGCUGGGGUAGGUAAAGCAGCUGAUGACAGACGUCCCCUUCGGCAUCCUGCUCUCCGGGGGCUGGACUCCUCGCUGGUGGCGGCCGUCGCCGUGCGCCACCUCGCCGGGACAGAGGCCGCCAAGCGCUGGGGCACCAAGCUCCACUCCUUUUGCGUGGGCCUCGAGGGGUCCCCUGACCUGAAGGCGGCCAGGGAGGUUGCAGACUACCUGGGCACCCUGCACCAUGAGUUCCACUUCACUGCUCAGGACGGCAUUGAUGCAAUUGAAGACGUGAUCUACCACACGGAGACGUACGACGUGGCGACGAUCAGGGCGAGCACGCCCAUGUUCCUCAUGUCGCGCAAGAUCAAGUCGCUCGGGGUGAAGAUGGUCAUCUCCGGCGAGGGCUCCGACGAGCUCUUUGGAGGCUACCUCUACUUCCACAAGGCACCCGACAAGGAGGAGUUCCACCGCGAGACCUGCAGGAAGGUUAAGGCUCUGCAUCAGUAUGACUGCCUGAGAGCCAACAAGGCGACAUCGGCUUGGGGCCUCGAGGCUCGCGUCCCCUUCUUGGACAAGGAGUUCAUCAAUCAGGCCAUGAGCAUCGAUCCUGAGUGGAAGAUGGUCCGGCCUGAUCUUGGAAGCAUUGAGAAGUGGGUGCUGAGGAAGGCAUUCGACGAUGAGGAGCAGCCAUUCCUGCCCAAGCAUAUCCUGUACAGACAGAAGGAGCAGUUCAGUGACGGCGUUGGGAUGAUCUUCGAGAGGUUCUUCCCACAGAAAUCUGCUAUCCUGACGGUGCCUGGCGGGCCAAGCGUGGCGUGCAGCACCGCCAAGGCCAUCGAGUGGGACGCGCAGUGGUCAGCAAACCUUGACCCCUCCGGGAGGGCGGCGCUGGGCGUCCAUCUUGCUGCCUAUGAUCACGAACACGAACAUGAACAAGAUCCGAAGCAUGUCCCGGACACCAUCGCAGCAGGAGGCAGCAAGAAGCCGAGGACCAUCGGCUGGGUGGCAGCAGCGGCGGCGCCGCCUGGCGUUGCCAUCGAGGGAUAG